AUGCCCGCGCUGCCAAGGCGUAUUCCGCUCAUGAAUCGAUAUCCUUGGACACCUUCGGACCCAGUGCGCCAUCAGCCUGACAACGUCUACCUCUUUUCCCACUCUCGCCCCUGCCGCAAACCCCGCGCUGACCGCCACCCCGUCACCGCCGAUCACACGGCCGCUGCCCCGCCGCCACCAUCUACCGACACCAUCCGACCUGCCCCAACCCCUGCAUCGACCGCAGCGGCCAGCAUCAGCCCCACCACGACUUCACGCACUCCGCCCACCGAUGGGACGACGUCGGACGUCCCAUCAGCUUCAAACAUCUCCAACAUCACCUCACGCGAUGUGGACUUGGUUCAUACCUGUCUCCAUUGCUGUCGCACAUUCACUUCAAACAUCGGCCUGGUCGGCCACUUGCGGAUCAAUCGUACAGAGACUGGCGAACCAGUGCCUGGGACACCAAUCUACACUCGUCGCGUUCUCCUCCGCUGCCCACAAUGCCCCUGCACAUUCACUCACCACAUGGGCCCAUCAGGACGCAUGCGUAUUCACAAAAGCCUGCGGAAGACAACAGCCGGUUACACCACGUCAUCACGUUUCCCCCCACCAGCACUCACACCUCACAACACCAUCACCAAUCACAAGCACCCAAUUGCCACCUUCUACGCCAGUGGGAAGUGUGCUACUCAGCUCCGUCUCCAUGCUGCCCCUCUGCUGCAUGUGUGAUCCGAGUCUGAGACCAUCAAGAUGCGCCAAGCACCGUGGCUUCGAAAGCUGCCAACUGACCGGAAGCGCAGCAUAUUUUGGCACCCGCCUUCGGCAUUCUUUCGGCCACGCAACUUACUCAGAGGGCUGAUCGGCUUAUGGAGACGCACGAUUUUUCCAAGCCGUCUAUUUCAGCACCACAACUCCCAACUGCAACUACCCUUUCAUCAACAAACAACACUGUAACCGCGAGCCAUACUCACUCUAAUCCUGUGCCCCCUGUAUAUAUCACCCGUCGUGGACGCCAUGCUCAUUUUCCUGACCGUUUGGUUACUCAUGCUUUUUAGACACCAGCAACUCCUUCGGCGCCGCUACGCGCCACCUUCGGUCUAGCCGGGGGUACUGUGGCAGUUCGCGUCUCCUCGCUCUCCGCCUUUGUCACGCUGCCCUCCUGUCCGCCUCACACCGUGUCGAUACGCUCCUGGGACGCGCGAGUGCUCGAAGCCAAUCAACGCUGUCCCCACUCUGAUUGGCUGGCGGACGUGGAGACAACGAAGGACGCACACACGCGCCCACAACACCUCGAGGGCGGACGCAGACAACAGCUUGCUUGGAGCGCGCUUACGGCGACUGCCCACACAGCCUUUGUGUACACGCUUUCCAAGCAGUAA